UUGUCAAGCUUGAGUUGACUUCCAUCUUCACUGAGAUCUAUCACAAACUGAACAUCAUUCACGAGGAAGUGAGACACAUACUGUAUACAGGAAGGCUUUCCAAAGAAACAGAGAUGUCAUAUCAGACAGAAGCGAUGACUACCCAGCCUCAGAUGACUGUAACCAGCUACACUGUCUCUCACUGGAGCUCUGAUGUCUGUGACUGUUGUGACGACUGUGGAAUCUGUCUGUGUGGGGCAUUUAUUCCUUGCAUUUUGGGAUGUAAGGUGGCCCAGGAUAAUGGUGACAGCUGCUGUUUGCCCUUCCUGCCCGGUGCUAUGAUUGCACUGAGAACCAGCAUCCGUGACAGAUACCAUAUUAAUGGCUCUGUCUGUGAUGACUGGGUGAUUAUGACCUGCUGUUCUUUGUGUGGACUCUGUCAGAUGGCUCGAGAACAGAAGGCAAGAGGCUAAAUUGAAAAGAAAACGAAGAGGAUAAAACGGCUAAUUUAAAAAAAAAAAUGCCUCGAUUGCUGGAAUUGUUUUCAUCGUCUUCUCUUUAUUUUUUUUAUAUUCCAAAAUAUCAAUGAUUUAUGUGAUCCUUCAAGUACAGUUUAUGUAUAUAAAAUCAUGUUACUAAUAGGUUUUACAUUAGGAAGUCAUACUUUUUUGCUUUAGUCUAGUGGCUUGUCCUUUCACAGUUAAAUAUUUUCAAAUAUUUGCCUCCCCAAAAUUACGGCUAAAUAUAUAAUGAUGGUGAUAAUUAUUACAUACAUUUCAAGAUUUCUCUCUUGAAAAAACAAUUGGAUCAAGCAUUGUGACCGCUGUCUGAUCUUAUUUACUCUGCAUGGAACCUUUUUGGUUCCUCUUUCUCAUCUUUAAAAGAGAGAGAACGCCUGUCAUAGUUUUGCAAAAUUAUCAGGGAAGGUUUCACAAUGGUAAGAUACUGAAUCACAUUGAUGUUUAAAUAGAGACUGUUUUCAAGCAGAAUAUUCAAUGUAAUGAAAUAAAUUAAUGAAAGAUAAGAUUUCAGACUAUAAAGAUUUGCUCACUGGUUUAGAACCUGUGAAUCUGAGAUUUUUCUCUGUAUUUUAUCUUGUUAACACUAAAGAGCAUAGUUUGACAAAUAGCUACUUGUCUACUUUGUUCACAGUGACAGGUUUUAUGCCUUUGUACAUGUAUGUCCAUAUGCUGAACAAACACUUUUAAUGUAAAUAGAAUAAAGGUAAAAGGGGUCUAAGAAGUGGGAACUUGGUAGUUGAAAAGUCAUGUACAUGUACAAGUUUGUUUCUGAGUUCUGUUUUCUGUUGCCCUGCAUGCAUAUAAAUUGGUUACUUCCCAUUCAUAAUCUUAAAAGUGAUUUUAUUCAUUUCAAUAAAUAAAUAAAACAUCCAUACGUUCUUUCAAUAUUUGUUACAUUUGAAGAAAAAAUUAAAUGCAAAAAUAUGUGACCAAAUCCAGGCUAAAGUCUAAAAAUCGAAUUAUGAGAUAAGCAUCAACGCUUGAUUUCAACCAUAAGUUUCACUAUGAUUUCAAUCUUUGACAUGGUCUUACUCAGUUUAAACUGAUCAUGACCUCUCAGUCUUUUAUUUCUAGCAGCUGGCUGUAUUAAGCUCUCAGUAUUAGUUGCUGCUCACACUGAGUGAAGAACCUCGUAGUGUUAGACUUUGAAGUAAGACAGGGAGUUUCAUUUUAAAGUGGAAUUGAAAAAUAAGGCAGAUUCUACAUGUUGUGAAAUGAUCAUAAGGGGCAAUAUUCAUCUGCCUCCCUAAACUUGCCUUCAAGUUUCAGGAGUUGCGUAGAGAUCCCUGAUUCUGGACUGCUAGGUAGGCUUGACAUAAAAAUUGCCAUCGGAGAGUGUGUGCCGAGGCUCUGAGCAGACGACCGCGCAGACAGAGCGGAACAUCAGCAUGCGCUUUCGGAAGUAUAAAUGGAAGAAGUCCGCGUCCGGAUUGCUCAUGCGGAAAGCAUAACACAGGUUUUACAAUCGCAACUUCUUUGUUCUGUUACUCCUUUCGAGCCAAUUUUCACAAAAUUGGUCAGCUCCCGACAGCAUCAGGUGUUUUAUUUAAUUAUUUAUUUAUUUCAAUUAAUGUAAUAGAUUUGAUAUCAUAAUAUUUAGGUUAUAGUAUUAUAAAUCAGGUUGGUUUGUAUUUGUGACAUAAUAUGUAAAUUAUAUGCGUGCGACCCGCGAGACUUGCACUUGGACCAUAGUGCGGCCCGCUGGAAAAAAAGGUUGAGAACCACUGCUUUAGACUUUAAUUACAUCCUGCAUUUACAUAUUUUCUCUCCACCGUGAUGUCUUUAGUAACCUACAUAACCUCAGAGACAAGGGCAGAGUGGGACCAAAAAAUCUAUUGGGAAAUUCGAUAAGACCACUGGAAAAAUUGCUAAAAAAAAAUAUAUACUACUUAUGUCAUAGAAAAUUGCAUAUAUAUAUUAAGAAAGCCACCACUACUGGUCACAUCUAUGGUUAGGUUGAUUUGUUUAGAUCCAGUGAAAUUGCUACCUUGACAACGCCACAUCAUGUUUUAGGUUUACGGAUCUAUGGAGAAUAUAUUACAUAUAUUUUAUUUGUGUUCCCAUUUGCUCAAAUAGCAAAAGAAAAACUCCUCUAUUUAUAGAGUCAGUGUUUCGUUCAUUAUCUGACUCGGCUCGACGUUCAUCUUCAUCUCUCUCUUCACAGCAGUUCAGUCAGUGUACUGUUUGAGUAAAUGAAUUACUCCGGAUAUUGGUUUGUUUGAACUCAGAGGGAGUGUCAGCCACAUUAAAAAAGUGAACAGCUUAAGUCAUUUGUGGAUUAAUGCGUAUUGGAGAUGAGAAUCCAUUUAAAACGAUUCAGUUCAAUUUGGAGAACUGGUUCAAACGUCAUGUUUCCUGGAAACGGCGUGCACCGGUGUGCAACGGGGUUUGAGAUGCGUUUUCUCUUGUUUAGUGGGUGUGUCAGAACUGCAGUCCAAUCAGCAGCAACAUGUAACAUGCACGCGGCAUUAAAGUGAACUUGCACAGUGGCUUCAAGGAAAAUAAUGUACAAACGUGUUCGCUGCAGCUCGGUAAACACAACAACUCAGGAUAUUAGAAGACAUGUUUCUCGUAAGUUUUAUUGUAAAAAUAUAGGAUAUCAACAUGAUGUAGUUGUUUAUUUUUUUAGCUUCAUUGCAAGUGUAUGACAUUUGGUCUAGAAAUAAACAAUGGUAAUUAAGUGCUUUUCCUAAAAAUGAGAAAGAAAAUACAGGGUAUUAAAACCGUAUGAACUACAAAUAAAGUCAGUAUGUGAGGCUAAAUAGAUGGCUCCGAAAAUUCUUCACAAAGAACACAAAGAAUGGCCUUCUCAGUUGCCAUAGUUGCAACUCUUGCGUCAUCAGAACAGUGUGUUCAACGCAUCACCGUUUCUGUUUAAAAAACGUUGUCCAACGUUUUGUCGGGGCUGAACGCAACCCUGGUUACAUCGAACGAAUCGUUUGUGAACCGGAUAUUACAAACUGCUUUGUUUUGAACUCUCUCACAACAGACACAGAAGAGAAGACUAUGCUGAAUAAAGUUAUAGUUUUUGCUAUUUUUCGACCAAAAUUUAUUUUCGAUGCUUCAAAAAAAUUAUAACCGACCCUCUGAUGUCACAUGGACUACUUUGAUGAUGUUUUUCUUACCUUUCUGGACAUGGACAGUAUACCGUACACACAGUUUCAAUGGAGGGACUGGGAGCUCUCAGACUAAAUCUAAAAUAUCUUUAACUGUGUUCCAAAGAUAAACAGUGGUCUCACUGGUUUGGAACAACAUGAGGCUGAGUUAUUAAUAAUAAUAAUUUUGAUUUUUCGAUGAACUAACCUUUUAAGUCUGGACAACUCAUAUGUUGGAAUCGCCAAGCUCAAACCUGGUAUUUUCAAAAAUCUUCGAAAAUUAAAGACACUAUUCAUGGUGAACAUGGGCAUUACAUCAUUUUCUAAAGAGGUCUUUGGAAAUCUCACAGGACUGAAGGAACUACAUCUCAAUCGCAAUGCCAUGAUGUCUUUGAACAUCAGUUUACUGGACAAUCUGACCAAUCUAAUAUACGCUGACUUGCGCAGCUGUCCUCUCAGUUGUGCCUGCCAGAAUAGUGAACUACAGAACUGGACUUUAAGCAGUAAGAGACUCCAGUUUCCUUAUCUUUUCAAUAUUACAUGCCAAGACCAUUCAGGCUAAUUUUUUUUCACAACUUUGACACUAAUGCGUGUUAUUUAGACAUAGCACUCUACCUGUUUUCCUCAACGUUUACAUAUACAAUCUUAAUAAGCUUGAUACCACUUCAUAUGACAGACUCUACAGGAAAUUUAAGUAUGGCUACAAUGUGAUUCGUUCAUGGUUUGGAGAACAGUGGUGCCGUUUAAGGGACCAGGAGGAGAAAUACAAGUGCGAUGCCUUUGUUUCCUACAACUCAGCAGAUGAAGAUUGGGUAAUGGAACAGCUGCUGCCAAACCUUGAGAGUUCUUAAUUUCCGCUCUGCCUCCACCACAGAGAUUUCACGCUUGGCCGUUAUAUUGUCGACAACAUUGUGGCUGCCAUAUACAGCAGUCGCAAAACGAUCUGUGUGGUAAGUCAGAGCUUCCUUCGCAGUAAAUGGUGCUCACUGGAGAUCCAGCUGGCCAGCUCCCAUCUCUUUCAAGAAAUGCAGGAUGUGCUUUUGCUGGUUUUUCUGGAGCCUAUCACCUGUCCAGUUAUCACCGUAUCAGGAAGGUCAUGCUCAAAAAUACUUAUUGGCAAUGGCCUGGGUCAAACUGUUCUCAUCCAAACAGUGCAAAAGAACUGUUCUGGAAUCAGUUAAAGAGAGCACUAAGGAGCAGCAACACUAGAAGCCAAGAGAAGCAAAAUGAUCAGAGGAGACAAGACAAAGAAGGUACAGACAAGGACCUGAUGCCCUGAUUACAAUGCCGUAUUGAUAUUUCCAUAGGGCAUUCAUCACCACCUGUAGCUCAGUUGUAAAAGCGUGCCUGAAACUGAGAGGAUACUGUGGCAGUUCAUUCUAGGAGACACACUUCUCCCCUGCUCGACUGAACUUUGUGCUUGUUUUUUCAUGCAGAGACAAUAGUUGUGUAUUAGCAGUGGCUAAUUCAGCAUUAACUGUUAAUUGCUGUUGUUCCAGGUUGAGAUUGAGCAAAAGGUAUUGAGGCUCUUUUGUCUUGAGUGAUUUUAAUUUAAGAGGGAAGCUGUAGGGGGAUAUUGCCUUUUGCUUCUGUUUCUGUACAACAAGGGAGG